AUCUUUCACAGCCAUGUUGAGGUUCCCUGUGUAUGUAAUGUUGAGGCCAAGGGCCCAGGUCUGACAGAAUCUCUGCAGGAGGUUAAGGUUCUGGAAAUCCUGGUGCGUGCAGUAGUGGACAACCUGACAGAUCACCGUGGCGAACAGGCCUCCAAUCUUAAAGCAAAACUGCAGGAACUCUUUGGUCGAGUCUCCGCCCGCUACAGUACAGACGCCCAAAUAUGGAAACAGUACGCUCGACUCUACGGCGAUGGUCAUAGCAACAAUGUAGAAGACAAUGAAAAGGCACUACAGUUUCUGAGUAAAGCCCAUCGGUGUGAGACACAGACAGCUGGCUGGGAGAAAGACAUGGGCAGCUUCAGAUCUGUGGUGAAAGGUGCCAGAGAUAUGGCUAAUGUGUCCAUCAGCUGUAGCAGGUCUAAGCACAAUCCUCAAGAGGCUCUACAGUUGCUGACUUCAGCUCGACUCAGUUUGAAGAGCCUGGUCUCCAAAGCCAAACAAAUGUACACUGAUGAUGUCACGGGCGAGCUCCAUGAUGACAUCAGAGGUGAUGUCACAGAGCUCGAGCAGCUUGUCACAGAGCUACAGGACCUGAGUGGCCAGCUACGCAGCCAAUGAGAAGCCACAUCACUGCUGUCCCUCCUUUUCUUCCUCCCUUUGAUUAGUUUAAACAGUGCAUUUUUAACAUGUUUUAGACUAACAAAACAUGCCAUCUGGAGGCCUCAGGACUUCGGUCACUUGUUCAAUCAACAGAGAAAACCUAAUUGAAAGACUAAGUGACUGAGUUAAAGAUGUUUGUCAUCAUGACCUGGUCCAGGGUCAGUUGUCUUUGCCCUAAUCAGAGCUCCUGCGAUUACACAAUGUGUGAUUUUUAAGGUCCUUGAGGCUGUC